CUUUUCUGCAUAAUUGCCUUGAGCAAAAAAUAUUGGAGAGCUGUUUAAUCUAGCUCGAAUUUAUGCACGUUUUGCUUUUCGUAGCCAGCCUAGAACUAUGAGUGCAACUGCGUCACCUACGAAACAGCACAGAUCGAGAUUUGGAUCAACCAACUCUCUGGUCCCGUUUGAUCGGCCGAGUAGCGCUGGAGACGUUGGUAAACUGAAAAAAGGGAAGAAAGAGAGCCCUAAAAUUCUGGGCAAACUCGGCGGCUUCAUCAAGAACAGGAAAACCAAGAACAAGGAGGAGGGAAUUGUCCAUGCGAGGCCUCGAUGUUUUAUAAGUCCGCCAUCAGAUCGACAUUCAGAGAGCCCUGAGCCAAGUGCUGUUGCAAGAUCAACUUCUUUAGGAAAUAAGCACAAUCCUUUCAAAGUCUCUAGCCUUAAGAAGAAGGAGGAGAUAAAGGCUGGAGGACCAAUGUGGAGCCAUAAGGGUCGUCUGGAAUGGGAGUCUGACUCUGGUAGACAGCUGACACUCACGGACGUUGAGAUCAACGAACUCUCCAAAAUCGAGACGGACAGUUUGCAAAGACAAGCUGUGAAUGCCCUCCAGGCAAUGGACAUUCCAGUGUCUCACGGGCUGCUGAAAGGGGCUCGAGGGAAGGUGCAAGCUAGAUCGUUCAACACCUUUAACAGAAAAAAAGUAAUUGGCAAUGAAAAACAAGACCGGCAGGCUAUGGGAGGGGAGAGUGGAGUAUUUGGUCAACCUCUCACCUCUGUACUCUCCAAGGAUCCCCUCCGCCCCACGUCUGGUACAAGCACUCCCGUCACUCCUAACGGCACGCUCUCUCGCAGUCUACACCACCCCCCUUCCCUCUCUCCCACCUCUAUGACAUCUUUGACAUCUCCGGACACCUCCUUGUUUGACGAUGGUAAUGCCACGGCCAUGCUCCUCGAAGCUCUCUCUAUCAACAGCACUCCCUCUCCGCGUGCUAGACGUCGUCAGUCACUGUGUCCAGCUGACAGACAGGUGCCCUCCAUCGUGACAAAAGCCAUUGAAUAUUUGGACACCAAGGGAGUCAAAAUGGAGGGUCUGUUUAGAAUAUCUGGAGCUAAAUCGAGAAUUAAAGAGAUUCGACAAAUGUUUGAUUCUGGCCAAGAUGUUGAGCUUACUGAUGACAUGAACCCUCAUGAUGUGGCCUGUCUACUAAAGGAGUUUUUCAGAAGCCUUCCAGAGCCUCUAAUGACCAGAGACCUCUAUCACCCAUUCUUGGCCACAAGGAAGCUGUCCAACCCUGCCCAGAGGCGUGAUGCCCUGAGGCACCUCUGUGUCCUACUACCGCACGCUAACAGGGACACUCUUCAAGAGCUCCUCCGAUUCCUCUCCAGAGUGGCCCUUCAUUCCAACGGCAUCAUCCUCAUCGAUGGCACAGAGGAAACUGGGAACCUUAUGACAGAGAGUAAUCUAGCCAUGAUUAUUGGGCCCAACAUCUUGCAUAAAGAGGUCAAGCGCAAGGGGGAUAAUCUGCUCCAGAAACACGAACAAGAGGAGUUGCAGAGUGUGUGCCAAGUCAUGGAGGAUCUUAUAAGAAUGCAGAACACUAUAUUCACUAUUCCGGCCCAACUCUACGAUAUUGCGCUACGACAGCUGGCCAUCAGCGAUCCUGAUGCUCUGGACCAGAUUAUGAAGCGACGGUGCUUUCAACAAGGACUCAUUCUCAAUGAAUCCCCUGAUGGCACUCUACCACAUCAUUCCCUCCGAAAGAUAUCCAUUAACAGCAAUACAAGUUCCGUUAUCACUGUCGACGACUCUGACUUCACGUGGCGACGAAGCCGAAGCCUCUCAGACACUCAGAAAUGCCUCGAUGAUGCUAUCAAGAAUCUGGAGCAAGAAAUUGCCGAUGACUUGAACCAUUAUCAGACCACUCUCGAUGGAGACAGCACUGAUUCAGCUGUUGGAGAAAUGAGCUCACCCGUACAGUCAACUUCCGAGCCCUCCACGCUCAAUCGAAAGAGAGAUAUGUUUAUGAGUCGCGACUCGGCUUUUUCCAAUAACUCCUCUCCCACUAACUCGAGCGAGGGCAUGAACAACUCAGACAUUCUCUCUAUGGAGUCCGACUCACCUUUUCCCAUGUACAGCCACACUCGUAUGUCUAGUGGUAUCAGUGGGAUCAGUGGUAGAGACAGUCCCGAGCCAGCCUCUAGUCCCCAGCUGGGCAAGAAAGGCACAUUAUGUGGAAUGGAUGCCACAUCAAUGCCCUCGUUGAAUGGGAAAAUGUGUCAUAGUACUCUUUCGAACACCAAGUCCAACGAUGAGAAUGGAAGGAAGGUCAACACUAUGCCUUCUCCGCACAUAGCCAAGAGAAAUCAUGUACGGAGGAUAAAAGACGUUCCACGUGUACGUUACUCACCCCACCAUUCACCAAUCUCGAGCAGCAAUAAGGAAUUCAAAUUUCACUCGGAAACACAGCUUCACAUUCUCUCCUGUGACCACACCCCCACCGAUUCAUCCACUGAAAUAUCAACGUCUCCAUCGCGAUUCUCUCUCGAUUGCGAUAACUACCACAACCAUACGGAAGGGACUGUUAUCUGAGACACUCUAUAGUGUGUGUGUGUGUGUGUGUACUCUUGUUAUUUGACAUUAUUUGCUAUUGUACGGAUUGUUUUGUGUGUAUAUAUUUUAUAGUUUUUUGUGUGUCUUUUAUUUAUGUUUGAUUUUACAGUACCACCCAUUUAAUUAUAUUCAUGCAUUGAA